AAACCCGAAAAAUAGCGCAGAAAAAUAUUUUGAUUCAUCGCGAGAAUUUUCGCUUCCAUUUAAUUUCUAGUUUUACUUAAGAAAAAUGGAAUCUAGCAGAAUCGGAUAGUGCAGAAAAGUUCGGUACAGUUCCUAGUAGAUUGCAGUCGUUGCCUGGCUGUCUCAUCCGGAAACGGAAGUCGUUUCAGUGUUCGGGUCAGGUGUUGUGAUAGUUUUGUUUACGUUUUUGGUGCCGUGCGCUGUUCGGGAAUACCCCGUCAUAUUCUAGUCAAAUUUGAUUCCGGUUCCUUGGAGGUCCACAGGACCGCAUAUUAGCUUCCAAUGUCCGGGUUACGCCAAAGCAUGACCACAAUUUUGCCACCCUUUGUGACCGAGAUUGACAUCAACGAAAUCGAAUCGAUUGGGACCGUGGGGAAGGGAUCUUUCGGAACGGUGAUAAAAGCCCGCUGGAAUGACCACUUUGUGGCGGUCAAGUUUAUAGAACUGGAAUCGGAACGGAAUGCAUUUAUAACUGAGGUCUGUCAGCUCUCGAGGGUGGCUCAUCCAAAUAUUAUUGGACUGUACGGUGCCUGCACUAAACGGCCAAAUGUCUGUCUGGUGAUGGAAUACGCAGAUGGAGGUUCACUGCAUGCGGCACUCCACUGCAGACCUAAACCAACUUAUACGGCAGCCCAUGCUAUGAGCUGGGCCAGGCAGUGCGCCGAGGGUGUCGCUUAUCUGCACGACAUGACCCCGAAGCCUAUGAUCCACAGGGACCUCAAACCACCCAACUUGUUGCUGGUCAAAAAUGGCACAGUUCUCAAAAUCUGUGACUUCGGUACCGUCACGGACAAAUCGACCCGGAUGACCAACAACAAGGGUAGCGCCGCCUGGAUGGCCCCGGAAGUGUUCGAAGGAUUUACCUACACCGAAAAAUGUGACGUCUUCAGCUGGGGCAUCAUCCUGUGGGAAGUGAUAGCCCGGGAGCAACCAUUCAAAAGCAUUGAGAACUCAUACGCCAUAAUGUGGCAAGUGCAUCGAGGCGGAAGGCCACCGCUGAUCGAUGGGCUCCCCAAGCCUAUCGAACGGCUAAUGAUUGACUGCUGGCAUCAGGAUCCGGCCCAGAGACCUUCGAUGCAACAAGUUGCCGAAACGAUGCAUCAGCUGUGUAAAAUGUUCCCUGGGGAAAACGAACCUAUCGAUUAUCCAGUCUUCCAGGAAGAUGAUGAGGACGAAGCGUACUUGCCCGACGAUGGUACCCAAGACUCGAACCAUCAAACCAUCGCCAGUUUCCCUUCGACAACUUUUUAUGGCUCCUCGAAAGCUGCCCAGUACGGAACCAUAACCUCCACUAGUUCUGCUAGUAACACAAACACGACGCCGGCGCCACCGUCGCCAGCAUUAUCUACCAUCAGCAGUUCCGGUGGAAGUAACGUGUCUUCUUCCUCGGUAACCGGAACGCAUGGUUAUCGAAAACCUACCACAGGCACUGGUUUCACCAGUCGGAAUGCUUAUUCGAGAGGCUCCGACUACGGUCGGUACCAGAUUAGGAAUGAAAAUUUGGGUACAGGGAUGUAUACCAAAAAUACUAGACCGGUGGGUGGUGGCGGUGGUUACAGCCCGGAGCUUAGCUCCCGACCUGCUGCCGGUUUUAGGAGCAGGGCUCGAGGGAGGUCGCCUCCGCCGGCAUCUGCCACGCCACCUACUCCAGCAACCCCUGUCAAUCCGCUCUCGAUAGCGAUCGAUGAGUCUAUGACAUGGAAAACAGUGGAUACAAACGAACCUCUGAGAGAUUUGGUGGAGCCUUCAAACAACCAGGGAACGGAACGGCUGGUGGUGACCCGCCGUAACAAUGGCCCCCCGAUGGACGGUGCCAGUGGCAUUCAGACAGGAGGAAUUUCCCCCGGAAAAAUGAGCUCAGGGGUCAGCUUUGGCCCCAGUCACCAUUAUGGCACUGGAACAGCCGGCACAGGACCUCCCUCGAUGGUAACGGACAGUGGAAGUGCAGGACGAGGACCAACCUCGGCAGGAGCGACUACCUCGGAAGCAGCGCUGGACUACAUAUCUUUGAACAGUAUUCUGGAGGAUAACUUGAGGCCACUGACUCCGAUCCAGGGCAACCCGAGGUCCGAGCAGAUUCACAACGAUCACAAACAGCUGGUGCAGGAGUAUUGGAAGAUCCAAACACAAAUUGUCAACAGCCAAAAACGACGAGAUAAUCUGCAAAUGAACAUGCCUGCCGAGGAGUUGAGGUUAAAGAAGGAAUACUUGAAAAAGCUGGAAGAAAAGGAAGCACUUCUCCAGUUCAAAGCCAGCCUUCAGAAGCAGUUGGACGAACGAAACCGGCUAGCAGCAGCAGCAACCAACACCCAUCAACAGCAUCGAGCUCCGUCAACUUCAUCACCUCAAAUCCAGCGCAGCCAACUUCAACAAUCGGCUUCACCUUCCCCAGCAACACCGUCAGCAGCGGCACCAUCAGCAUCAGGAACACCCGGUCAACUCAACCCAAACCUCCUGAGGCAGGACUCCACCGGAGAAUCCGGAUGGGUAAUCAUCAGCCCGGAAGACGGACCUUGUGGCGUUGGAGGGGGUGGAACCAGCUGAAUGACUCCUCAGAGUCUCAAGUCGGGACCAACCGACCUAAAAUGUGAUGCUACAAUAGAACAACUUCUUAAGCCGAGUUUACUUAGUUAUAUCUGGGCGGAGUUUCCCGUUCCAGAUUACCGCGGGUCCAAGUGCCAAAAAACUGUAUCAGAGUCAAAGUGUUUUUUGUUUGUUAUGCUAGGUUAGGAAUAGUUUUGUUUUGUCUUAAAUUAUCCUUUCUCUGUUUGGGGAUAUUUCUACAGGGACAGCAUUAUGGUGGACAUUUCUGUCCGAUCUGUGAUGAAAACGAAAAUAAGAAAAGCGGAUACAUGUAGCUUGCCUUGAAUGUGUAUUUGUAUCGUAGUCAUUUAUUAUUACCUACCUUUUAUUAGAUACUUGUACACUUUUAUCAGAACGAUAGGUCCAUAGUUGAUAAUUAAUUGAUGCCUAGUGAUUAGAUCUUGUAUUUUUACUAUCCGAAACGAUCGAUAGGAAACUUAAGAGAAAUAAAAUAUAAAGUA